AUGGCGGCACAGAAUCUCGUCCAGAGCUCACAGAAUCCGCCAGCACAGCCUGCGUAUAUCUUGAGAGGCCACUCGGCGCAAGUGCAUGCUGUGAAUUUUCUACGCGACAAUACGCGGCUUCUGACUGGAGACGCAGAUGGCUGGGUAGUGCUGUGGAGUACAUCGACCAAACGAGCAACUGCCGUCUGGAAAGCACAUUCGAAUGCCAUUCUCGGUCUGCGUGGUUGGGAACAUGACAAAAUCAUCACGCAUGGCCGUGACAAUAAGCUCCGAGUAUGGCAGCUGCGUGAAACGGACGAACCAAGUUUCUCCAAAAUUCUGCCUAUCGAGGACUCCAACUCCGACCGCAAGGAUCCAUGGUUGCUUCACACCUUGCAGGUGAAUGCGCUGAAUUUCUGCUCAUUUGCCAUGUGCCAUGCCAUGCCAGCCAGUGCGCAUCUGCCUUCACACGGAAUCUUCAUUGGUACACCGGGCGUUGAAGAUGGUCAUAUCAACGUCACAUCUCUUCCAGACGAAGACCGACUCGCCACGAUUCCGAACCCAAAGGAUGAGAGCACAGGCAUGGUUAUGAGCAUCGACCUAGCUUUCCACCCCGAGUCCAAGCAAUUGUUGAUUCUUGGUGGUUACGAAUCUGGACAUGCUUGCGUAUGGAGUCAGCAAGAUGGGAGAAGGCAGUGGCAGCUCACGUAUAUGCGAAAGGGGCAUACUCAACCCGUCCUUUCUCUGGAUAUUGCCCUGGAUCACAAGUGCUUCUUCACGUCUUCAGCCGAUGCCAUCAUUGGUCGUCACCCUCUGAACGAUGGAGACGAGAAUCUUCCAGCCAAGACCGUCCAAACCAAGCACGCAGGACAACAAGGCCUUACAGUCCGCAAUGACGGAAAGAUUUUUGCCACGGCCGGAUGGGAUUCGCGCAUCAGAGUCUACUCGGUACGAACUAUGAAGGAGCUUGCGGUCUUGAAGUGGCACAAAGAGGGAUGCUACGCGAUAUCUUUUGCAAAAGUCGCCAAGUCGGCUGCUGAAUCCGCAACGCUUGGUAUGCGUCAGAAGGACGACCAAGAAAUCUCGGACAUGACCAUUGCACAGCAGCGUGAAUACAAUGCGAGGACGACGCACUGGCUAGCAGCCGGAAGCAAAGAUGGGAAAGUAUCACUGUGGGAUAUCUACUGA